AUGGACCUAAACGCUACCGAUAUCGUUGGCGAUGACAAACGUCAGGCAGAGGAGACUGUCAAGUCAUACUCCAAUGAUAAUGACGAGGGAGGUGUUUCAAUCCGCCGCAAAAGCAGUGUGCUGAAUGUGGUCGUGGCUGGUUUGGCUCUGUUCAGUGACGGCUACAAUGCACAGAUCAUUGGCUAUAUGGAACCUUUUUUCUCGGUGCUGUAUGGUUCUGCCAUGUCCUCUACCAUCAAGUCACGACUGUCCAAUUCGUACCUCAUCGGGGAGAUUUUUGGUAUGUUGUUUUUUGGCGUGUUGAUUGAUCGUAUGGGUCGCCGAACCGGUAUUGUGGCUGCCACUGCUUUCCUGGUAUUGGGUGUUGUGCUCGCCACUGCCGCCCAUGGUACAUCCGAUUUGGGCAUGUUUUGGAUGAUGAUCGUCGCACGAGGAGUUGCGGGCUUUGGUGCCGGCGGCGAAUAUCCAGUGUGCGCAACAAACGCAACUGAAGCCAGUGAUGAAACGUCCGAGCUGAGGACCAAGCGCGGUUUCCUCGUCGCAUUGACAACGGAUUUUGCUAUUGAUCUUGGCUUUGUGAUUGCAGGUGUCGUAGCUUUGAUUGUCCUUGCAUGCUAUCAUCAAGCUACUUCACCAGGUGUGUGGAGAGUAUCUUUCGGACUCGGCUUUGUGCUUCCUGUUGUGAUCUGUUUCUUUCGGCUUCGCAUGAUUGAUUCUACUCAAUAUCGCAAACACAGCAUCAGAUCGAAAUACCCCUAUUGGCUUAUAUUGAAGCGUUACUGGAGACCAAUGCUAGGUACAUGUCUUGCAUGGUUUUGCUACGAUUUUGUCACAUAUCCCUUCGGAAUCUUUUCAUCCACCAUUAUUGGGCAGUUGAAUCCGAACAACACAACUGUACAGAAUAUUGGGUACGGCACUGUGGUCAAUUGCUUCUACCUCCCGGGUUGCCUAAUCGGAGGCUUGCUCAUGGACCGCAUAGGGCGAAAACAAACCAUGACGCUUGGAUUCAUGCUUUGGGCAGUCUGGGGAUUUAUAUUAGGAGGCGCAAUUCAACCCAUCCAGACCGUGUUCCCUCUCUUUGUCGUGAUGUAUGGAAUCUUCAAUGCGCUCGGUGAAAUGGGUCCUGGUGUAGCGACUUUCCUGUGCGCUGCCGAGUCGUUUCCGACUCCCCUCCGGGGACACUUCCUUGGCUGGGCUGCUGCCGUUGGCAAGGCCGGCGCUUCUAUUGGCACACAGGUUUUCACUUCAAUCCAAAAUUCCUUCUCGUCUACGGAAAAGGGCCAACAAGCCGUUUUCCUGAUUGGGUCUGCAUUCUGUGUCGUUGGUGGGUUAAUUUCUUGGUUCCUCAUCCCAGACAUGUCGCGUGAAUUGGAGACAGAGGAUGUUCGAUUCAGGGCUUAUCUGGAAGAGAAUGGAUACAGGUACGAGGACGGAGCGAUUGUCUCUGACCGGGAUACAUCUUAA